GCAACCAGCUUUUCUAUAGACAGAAGUAGUAGUCACAUAUAUAUAUAUAUAUAUUUUGAUCCCAUUUUCAUCUUCUCCAAUAUUUUUUUCACUUUAAACUCGUUAAGAAAAAUGGGAUUUGAGAAUGAGAAGAACAGCUCAAUCUUAUCUAAGCUCGCUACUAAUGAAGAACAUGGUGAAAACUCGCCAUAUUUUGAUGGAUGGAAAGCAUACGAUAACGAUCCUUUUCACCCUCUGAAGAACCCUAAUGGUGUUAUCCAAAUGGGUCUUGCUGAAAAUCAGCUUUGUUUUGACUUGAUUGAGGAAUGGAUUAAGAGAAAUCCAAACGCUUCAAUUUGCACCACAGAAGGAAUCAAAUCUUUCAGGGCCAUUGCCAACUUUCAAGAUUAUCACGGCCUACCUGAAUUCAGAAGCGCUAUUGCGAAAUUUAUGGAGAAAACAAGAGGGGGAAGGGUUACGUUUGAUCCAGAGAGAGUAGUUAUGGCUGGUGGUGCAACUGGAGCCAACGAAACAAUUAUAUUUUGUUUGGCUGAUACAGGCGAUGCAUUCUUAGUACCUUCACCAUACUAUCCAGCAUUUAACCGGGACUUAAGAUGGAGAACUGGAGUACAACUCAUUCCAAUUCCUUGCGACAGUUCCAACAACUUCCAAAUCACUACAAAAGCUGUGAGAGAAGCAUAUGAAAAUGCCCAGAAAUCAAACAUCAAAGUCAAAGGCUUGAUUUUGACCAACCCAUCAAAUCCAUUAGGCACCACUUUGGACAGAGACACACUGAAAAAUCUCUUGACCUUCACCAACCAACAUAACAUCCACCUCGUUUGCGACGAAAUUUACGCCGCAACUGUCUUUAAUACACCUCAAUUCGUCAGCAUUGCUGAAAUUCUCGACGACGAAACGAGCCAUUGCAACAAAGAUUUGGUUCAUAUCGUAUACAGUCUUUCAAAAGACAUGGGCUUACCAGGAUUCAGAGUCGGAAUCGUGUAUUCAUUCAACGAUGCCGUCGUUAAUUGUGCUAGAAAAAUGUCGAGUUUUGGUUUAGUUUCCACUCAAACACAGUAUUUGCUCGCUGAGAUGUUAUCCGACGAAAGAUUCGUCUCAAAUUUUCUAACUGAAAGCUCGAAGAGAUUAGCUAAAAGACACAAACAUUUCACUAACGGACUCGAAGAAGUUGGAAUUAAAUGCUUGAGAAGCAAUGCUGGACUUUUCUGUUGGAUGGAUUUGCGACCACUUUUGAAAGAGUCAACUUUCGACUCAGAAAUGUCAUUAUGGAGAGUGAUUAUAAAUGACGUGAAGCUUAAUGUCUCGCCGGGAUCUUCAUUUGAUUGUCAAGAGCCAGGAUUUUUUCGAGUUUGUUUCGCUAACAUGGAUGAUGAAACUGUGGAUAUUGCAUUAGCGAGGAUUCGGAGUUUUGUGGGUGUUAAGAAAAGUGGAGAUGAAUCGACUCCAAUAUUAAUGGAGAAGAAGCAGCAAUGGAAAAAGAACAAUCUACGACUUAGUUUCUCGAAAAGAAUGUACGAUGAAAGUGUUAAUUUGUCACCACUUUCAUCUCCUAUCCCUCAUUCACCACUCGUUCGAGCUAGAACUUAAAACGGAGGAAUUUGUUUUUAUUUUUAUUUUUAUAUAAGAAGAAGAUAAAGGAAAAGAAAAGAGGAAUGUAGUAGAAUGAUUCUUUUCAGAAAUAAUUAAUUGUUAUAUACUAUGUAUUUACUUGUACUGAUCUAUUGUGACAUCAUAAUUUGUCUAAUUAAACGCAAAAGGUCAUGUGAUCAUGACUGAGGAUUUGUUAGGAAAU